AUGUCGGCCCUUGAACCUCCACCGACCAACGUCCCCAGCACUGCUACUGUGUUGGCUGUGGCUCCAACCGUGACUGGAACGAGCGAAUUCUGGAUAUUUGGCUAUGGGAGAAUUCCAGGAUGGGUCAACGGCUACGUCCGAAGAUUCUGGCAGAAGGUGGCCACGUGCAGUGAAGACCAUCGGGGAACGCCUGAAGCCCCUGGCCGUGUUGUUACCCUGAUCGAGCGGUCUUUCUGGGAGAGCCUCACCGACCACCACGCAUCGGCCUCAGAGAAAACAUGGGGAGUAGCUUAUCGGAUAGCUGCCGAACAUGCCGCAGAGGUCCGAGAGUAUCUCGACAUCCGCGAGAUCAACGGGUACACCAUUCACUACACGCCCUUUUACCCCGCGGACAAGUCGCCUGCCUUCACCACGAUGGUAUAUAUCGGUACACCGGACAACGCCCAGUUCACCGGUCCUCAGGACGUCCAGUCACUCGCCGAGCACAUAUCUCGAUCCUCCGGUCCAAGCGGUCCAAACAUAGACUAUCUUUGGGGCUUGGAGUCAGCCCUGGACGAGCUAAGCCCCGAGAGUGGGGAUGAGCACAUCACAGACUUGUCAAACCGGGCUCGGGCAAUUAACGAGCAGUUUGCAGCAGCAGAUCGCUGCCAAGGAAGUCGGCACAGCUGA